AUGCGGAUGGUCCUGGAGAAACUCUGGGAGAAGGGGCAUGAAAUCGUGGCCGUGGUUCCUGAUGCUGCCUUGCUCUUGAAAAGCUCCCAGUCCUUCACCAUCAAAACGUAUUCGGUGCCUUACACCCAGGAGUUUGUGGACCAAUACUACCAGAAGUUGGGGGAAAAUAGCUUUGAGAGUCUAACGCUCUCACUUUUACUCAGAAACAUCACAGAGCUGACCAACAUGUUCACUUCUGCUUGUCGGCAUCUCUUGUCUGACAAAGAGCUCAUGAAGUACCUCCAGGACAGCAAAUUCGAUGCCGUCAUGAUGGACCCUGUGCUGCCCUGUGGGCCCAUUCUGGCUGAGUAUCUCUCCCUCCCCUCUGUGUACUUCAUGCGCGGCCUUCCUUGCACCUUAGACUACAAAGCCGCGCAGUCUCCCAGCCCUGUAUCCUACGUGCCCAAGACUUUAUCAUCUCUUUCCGACCACAUGGCGUUCCCAGAGCGAGUGAAGAACUUCUUGAUCGGGCUCUCCGAGCCUUUGCUUUGCCACCUGUUUUAUUUGAAAUACGAGAGCUUGGCCUCCGAGUUCCUGCACAGGGAUGUGACGAUGCAGGAGCUGUUCAGCCAAGCAUCAGUGUGGCUGAUGAGAUACGACUUCGUUUUUGAGUAUCCGCGCCCCAUCAUGCCCAACAUGGUCUAUGUUGGAGGCAUCAACUGUCUGCAGAAGAAGCCACUCUCAAAGUUAAAAUUCAAGUGGGAAGCACCCCGUGAUUCACUCCUCAUCCCCAGCCACAGUUUCACCGCCGUUUAUAACUUCGCUAGCGGCACUGGAGAAAUGGUUUCUCCAAAGCCAGGAUUUCUUUCUCUUGCCUCUCGGGCUGUGUUUUUCCUGCUGCUGUGGACUUCUGGUGAAGGUGGGAAGCUCUUGGUCAUACCCAUUGAUGGCAGCCACUGGCUCAGCACACUCCCGGUCAUAGAGAAGCUCAGGGACAAGGGACACGAAAUCGUGGUGGUUGCGCCGGAGAUAAAUUUGCGGAUCCAUUCAUCCCCACUUUACACCUUGAAAACCUACCCUGUGUCCUACACCAAGGAGUUUGUGGAGGCAGAAUUUAAAGAGAUGGGCCACAGGAGUUUCACACCUCAGCCCUUCUUGAAAAAACUCUCCAAAAUUGCCAAUUUUACAAGCAUGUUCUUGGAUUCCUGCAAGCGUCUGCUGUCCGACAAAGAGCUGAUCCAGUACCUCGAAGGAAGCAAAUUUGAUGCCAUCUUUAUGGAUCCCUUCUUCCCAUGUGGGCAGAUACUGGCAGAACAUCUGUCCCUGCCCUCGGUGUACUUCCUGCGGGGGCUGCCGUGCAGCGUGGAAUUCCAGGCCACGAUGUGUCCCAGCCCUCCUUCCUACGUCCCGCGGUUCUUCACGCGCUCCACGGACCGCAUGUCCUUCGGGCAGCGCCUGGGCAACCUCCUGGCCACCCUGGGCAGCUCCCUGGCCUGCUCUGUCCUUUAUUCCCCCUACAAUCCCUUGAUCCGGGAGUUCCUGCAGCGGGAGGCGACCGUGCCCGAGCUGUUCAGCCACGCCGCUGUUUGGCUCAUGAAAUACGACUUUGUCUUUGAGUACCCCAGGCCCCUCAUGCCCAACAUGGUCUUGGUCGGAGGCAUAGGCUGCACUCGGGGAAACAAAUUAUCCCAGGAAUUUGAAGCCAUGGUGAACGCCUCUGGAGAGCACGGCAUCGUUGUCUUCUCGCUGGGCUCCAUGGUGUCCGAGAUUCCCAUGAAGAAAGCCAUGGAGAUCGCGGAGGGCUUGGGAACAGUCCCUCAGACGGUCUUCUGGCGCUACACAGGCAAGGCACCCCCCAACCUGCCCAAGAACGUGAAGCUCGUCAAGUGGCUGCCUCAGAACGACCUCCUGGCCCACCCCAAGACUCGUGCCUUCAUCACCCAUGGAGGCUCCCACGGCGUUUAUGAGGGAAUCUGCAACGCUGUGCCCAUGGUGCUGAUGCCUCUCUUCGGGGACCAGAUGGACAACGCCAAGCGAGUGGAGUCCCGCGGAGCAGGGCUGACCCUCAACAUCCUGGAGAUGACUUCCACCGACAUCUCCAACGCCCUGAAAGCCGUGAUCAACGACAAAACGUACAAGGAGAACAUCCAGCGCCUCUCCGACCUGCACCUGGACAGACCCAUCCACCCUCUGGACCUGGCCGUGCACUGGGUGGAGUUUGUGAUGAGGCACAAGGGGGCCCCUCACCUGCGCCCCGCCGCCCACGACCUCAACUGGGUGCAGUACCACUCGCUGGACGUCAUCGCCUUCCUGGCCGCCGUCACCCUCCUCUUCCUCUUCAUCUCCUUCAAGUGCUGCGUCUGCUGCUGCCGCAGGUGCUGCGGCAAGAAGGGCAGGACGGGCAAGGCCACCAAAGCCAAGUCCCACUAG